CGGACCACAGCUAGGCGCUGGGCGGCCACCGGCUGGCCAGGCAGGCCUGCCAGGAUGGAGGGGCAUGCUGAAAUGGAGAUGCUGAGGACACUGAAGGGGCCUUCCACAGGGGAGGUCAGCGUGCACUUGGUGGCCGGAGACAGCCCCGGUUCUGGUCCUCACCUGCCCGCAACUGCCUUCAUCAUUCCAGCCAGUUCGGCCACUCUCGGCCUGCCCAGCAGUGCCCUGGAUGUGUCUUGCUUUCCCCGGGAGCCAAUCCAUGUGGGUGCCCCGGAGCAAGUGGCCGGCUGCGAACCAGUUUCUGCCACCGUCCUGCCGCAGCUUAGCGCCGGGCCGGCCAGCUCCAGCACCAGCACAGUGCGGCUUCUGGAAUGGACAGAGGCUGCGGUCCCGCCCCCAGGGGGCGGCCUGCGGUUCCGGAUAAGCGAGUACAAGCCGCUGAACGUGGCGGGAGUGGAGCAGCCCCCGAGCCCCGAGCUGCGGCAGGAAGGCGUGACCGAAUACGAAGAUGGCGGGGCCCCGGCGGGAGAUGGCGAGGCGGGCCCCCGACAGGCGGAGGACCACCCCCAGAAUCCUCCAGAAGAUCCCAAUCAGGACCCCCCAGAGGAUGAUAGCACCUGUCAGUGCCAGGCGUGCGGGCCUCACCAAGCCGCGGGUCCAGAUCUUGGUUCCUCUAAUGAUGGCUGCCCUCAGCUGUUCCAGGAGCGGUCAGUCAUAGUGGAGAACUCCUCAGGCUCCACCAGCGCUUCUGAGCUCCUCAAACCCAUGAAGAAGAGGAAGCGCAGGGAAUACCAGAGCCCAUCAGAGGAGGAGUCGGAGCCAGAGGCCAUGGAGAAGCAAGAAGAAAGAAAGGACCCAGAGGAACAACCCACCGCUAGCACCCCAGAGAGUGAGGAGUGGAGCAGCAGCCAGCCUGCAACAGGUGAGAAGAAGGAAUGCUGGUCGUGGGAGUCCUACCUAGAGGAGCAGAAGGCCAUUACUGCCCCAGACAGCCUCUUCCAGGACUCCCAGGCAGUCACUCACAACAAGAAUGGCUUCAAACUGGGCAUGAAGUUGGAAGGCAUUGACCCUCAACACCCGUCCAUGUACUUCAUCCUCACCGUGGCUGAGGUAUGUGGCUAUCGCCUACGCCUGCACUUUGAUGGGUAUUCUGAGUGCCAUGACUUCUGGGUCAAUGCCAACUCCCCUGACAUUCACCCUGCUGGCUGGUUCGAGAAGACGGGGCACAAGCUGCAGCCUCCCAAAGGUUACAAGGAGGAGGAGUUCAGCUGGAGCCAGUACCUGCGCAGCACAAGAGCUCAGGCUGCCCCCAAGCACCUGUUUGUGAGCCAGAGCCACAGUCCCCCACCCCUGGGCUUCCAGGUGGGCAUGAAGCUGGAGGCUGUUGACCGCAUGAACCCGUCCCUUGUCUGCGUGGCCAGUGUGACCGAUGUGGUGGACAGCCGCUUCCUGGUGCACUUUGACAACUGGGAUGAUACUUAUGACUACUGGUGUGAUCCCAGCAGCCCCUACAUCCACCCAGUGGGCUGGUGCCAGAAGCAAGGAAAGCCCCUCACCCCUCCACAAGAUUACCCAGACCCUGAUAACUUCUGUUGGGAGAAAUAUCUGGAAGAAACUGGGGCCUCUGCUGUCCCUACUUGGGCCUUCAAGGUGCGACCCCCUCACAGCUUCCUGGUCAAUAUGAAGCUGGAGGCUGUGGACCGCAGGAACCCAGCCCUGAUUCGCGUGGCCAGCGUGGAGGAUGUGGAGGACCAUCGGAUAAAGAUCCACUUUGAUGGCUGGAGUCAUGGCUAUGAUUUCUGGAUCGACGCUGACCACCCAGACAUCCACCCUGCCGGCUGGUGCUCCAAGACAGGACAUCCCCUGCAGCCUCCUCUCCGACCCAGAGAGCCCAGCUCUGCCUCCCCUGGGGGCUGUCCCCCUCUCAGCUAUAGAAGCCCACCCCACACUAAGACCUCCAAAUACAGCUUUCACCACCGGAAGUGCCCCACUCCUGGUUGCGACGGCUCUGGCCAUGUUACAGGCAAGUUCACAGCUCACCAUUGCCUCUCAGGCUGCCCACUGGCUGAGAGGAACCAGAGCCGGCUGAAAGCAGAGCUAUCUGACUCGGAGACCUCAGCCCGCAAGAAGAACCUCUCAGGCUUCUCCCCAAGGAAGAAGCCUCGCCAUCACGGCCGAAUUGGACGCCCUCCGAAGUAUCGAAAGAUUCCACAGGAAGAUUUCCAGACACUCACGCCCGAUGUCGUGCACCAGUCCCUCUUCAUGUCAGCCCUGUCGGCCCACCCUGACCGCUCACUCUCAGUGUGCUGGGAGCAGCACUGCAAGCUCCUGCCAGGAGUAGCGGGCAUCUCAGCCUCGGCAGUCGCCAAGUGGACCAUCGAUGAGGUCUUCGGCUUUGUUCAGACCCUGACAGGUUGUGAGGACCAAGCACGCCUCUUCAAAGACGAGGUAAGAAUAGUCAGAGUGACCCAUGUGUCUGGGAAGAAUCUAGUCUGGACUAUGGCCCAGCUUGGGGACCCUGUGUGCUCAGAUCAUCUUCAGGAAGGAAAAGGCAUCCUGGAGACAGGAGUCCAUUCACUCCUCUGCUCUCUAGCCACUCAUUUGCUUGCCAAACUUAGCUUUGCCAGCGACAGUCAGUAAAUUAAAGUGUACUUUUUUCCCCCUUUAAUCCAAUAUAGCUGAUAAUUAAAGUGUAUUUUGAAUGACACAGAUAUUGUGAUUUACUGCAAGGAUCCUAAGACACACAUAAAAUCAAGAGCCAAGGAGUAGUGAGUUGUAGAUAAAAAAAGAAUGUCAGCUUUGGAGACAGUCUGGGUUUAAAUCCCAGUUCUGUCAAUUUCAGCUGUUUACUGUCUCUGAGCCUGCAUCUUCUUGUCUGUAAAAUGGUGAUAAAGUGGGUAUAAUGAGGUCUACCUUGCAGAGCCAUUGUGAGCAUUGGAAAUGAUGAAUGAAUCAUACCAGAAUGUCUAGUAUAAUUACAGUCAUGCAUUGCUUAACGAUGGGGAUACAUUCUUAGAAAUGUGUCACUAGGCAAUUCUGUCAUUGUGUAAACAUUAUAGAAUGUACUUACACAAACCUAGAUGUUAUAUGUAUUUUUAUUUAUAUGUAUAUUUUCACAUGAAAACCAAACGUCCCAGCAUUAUUACUGAAUGUCAGUCA